UGUUUUCCUGGUGCGCUGUUGCAGGGCUGUCUUGGGCUCGACAGGGAGGUUGUAGUCUUUAGCUGUGUAGCUAGCUGCAGGAAGCGUGUAGCCGUUUACUAGCUCUCUAACCGAAACUCUAAAAUUAAAGGGAUGUUGAUGUCAACAGUGUUUGUGAAGAAACAGUUAUCGUAAAUAGGCUUGGCAGGUGGUGGGCCCUUUUUAAAGUGGAUAACCUUAAGACCACAUUGGAUAACAGUUGGUAUUUCUCAAGAUCCAGAUGGAUAAAAAUGCAAGAAAAGUUAGGGACCAGGACAUUAACCCAUGCAUUGAAGAGAGUGAUGCCUCCCAGAAGUGUUUGAAUGCCUUCAACUAUGAUAAGAGCAUGUGUUCUGACUAUUUUGUGAAGUAUAAGAACUGCAGGAAAUACUGGCACAACAUAAUGCUGCAGAGGAGAAGAGAGGGGGUGAGACCAGACAUGCCCACUGCUGCAGAGAGACAGGAGCUGCUUGGUGCUAUUGGAGGAAAACCAUACUGAGAGUGAGCAGGGUCAUACAGAGCUGGCUCAGGAUGUUCACUACCUGCUAACUCAUUCUGCUGGUUUCACUACUCUGCACUGGCUGGGGGUUUUUCUGUGAUCUAAGGCCAGAAACUUAGAUCAACUGGCCAACAGAAGCUGGCCUUUUUUAAAGACCCAGUGUAAGUGAGUGAAAAUGAUAUAUAAUAUAGUCUAUGUGUGUAUGCUGCAUGGACUGAAAAAUAAUUUAAACAUUUCUGUGCAUUUUUUUGAAAAUAAAAAGUAUUGUUCAUGA